AUGUCCUCCACCGAAUCAAAGCCCACAGAUCCCGAGGCCACCGCCGAGGCCACGAGUGAAGCCGUCGAGGAGACCUCGAAGCCCCAAGCUGCGGAGGAGCACGACGAAUCCUCCGGCGACGAGGAAACCCCUGCUGCCGCCGAAGGCGCUGGCCCCGCGGCGGCUAAGAAAAAGAAGAAGAAGAGCAAGAAGAAGAAGAUCAAGGAUGCUCUGGUCGGCACAAGCAAUGCUGAGGCAAGCUCCAGCUCGGCGCCGCCGAAGCAGCAGCUGAGCAGGGAGCAGCUCGAUGCGCUCAUGGCCGCGAAUCCUGCCCUCAAGUCUGAGUUCGACAAGAUGAGCGAGCAGCAGGUGCAGGAGCUACUCAAGAACCUGAGCGUCUCGGAUCUGUUGACUGGCCUCACCAUCGGCAGCAAGAAUGCGAAGGACAUGGCCAGCUAUAAGUUUUGGCAGACGCAGCCCGUUCCUUCCUUUGACGACCCCAAGCUCAAGGUCGAGGAUGGCCCGAUCAAGGUAAUCGACAAGGAGAGGGUCCCCAAGGAGCCGUCGCCGUUGGUUGAGGGGUUCGAGUGGGUCACAAUGAACUUGGAGGACGAGAAGGAGUUGGAGGAGGUCUACGAUUUGCUCACCCACCACUACGUCGAGGAUGACGAGGCCAUGUUCCGAUUCAACUACUCGGCUUCGUUCCUGAACUGGGCACUCAAGGCUCCCGGUUGGCGCGACAUCUGGCACGUCGGUGUCCGCGCGACGCAGUCCCGCAAGCUGGUCGCCUUCAUCUCCGGUAUUCCGGUUAAGCUUCGCGUGCGUCAGAACCUUAUCAACUCUGUGGAGAUCAACUUCCUCUGCGUCCACAAGAAACUCCGCUCCAAGCGUCUUGCCCCGACCCUCAUCAAGGAAAUCACUCGCCGCUGCUACCUGAACGACAUCUUCCAGGCCAUUUACACGGCCGGUGUUAUCCUUCCUACUCCGGUUGCCACCUGCCGCUACUUCCACCGCAGCAUUGACUGGGAGAAGCUGUACGAUGUCGGUUUCUCGCCGCUGCCGCACGGCUCGACUAGGCAGAGACAGGUUCUGAAGUACAAGCUCCCUGAAAGGACGUCCACCAACGGUCUUAGACCCAUGGAGGCAAAGGAUGCGGAUCAAGUCAAGGAUCUCUUGACGAGGUACCUUGCGCGCACGCACCUGGCCCAAGAGUUCUCGAAAGAAGAAGUGGAGCACUGGUUCAUCAACAAGGAAAAGGACGCAGAUAAGCAGGUUGUCUGGGCUUAUGUGGUCGAAGACGCUUCGAGCGGCAAGAUCACUGACUUCUUUUCGUUCUACUGUCUCGAGUCUACCGUCAUCAGGGACCAGGGUAAGGGCAACCGUGUCGUCAGAGCUGCGUACCUGUACUACUAUGCUACCGAGGUGGCCUUUACUGGAGACCAGAAGGAGCUGAAGGUCAGAUUGAACGCACUGAUGAAGGAUGCCUUGACCCUUGCGAAGAAGGCCAAAUUCGAUGUCCUGAAUGCUCUUACCCUUCUCGACAACCCUCUGUUCCUCGAGGAGCAGAAGUUUGGUGCAGGAGACGGUCAGCUGCACUACUACCUUUACAACUACCGCACGGCACUUAUCCCUGGUGGAGUCAACGACAAGAACCUGCCUUCGGAUAAGCACAUGGGCGGUGUCGGUGUUGUCAUGCUCUAA